AUGUUAUUAAUAAACGGAGGCGACGGCUGUGCUCCAACGAGAGAUCCGAUGGGAGACACAGAAGGUAAUUUUUUUUUCUUGCACUGGUCCGGUAACUAUUUUAUGAUGUUUUAAAUAUCGAUUUAUAUAAAUUACAGCACUAUUCUAUGUACAAACACGUCUUUUGCAUUAAUUCUCAAGAAUCAACAAUAAAUAAAUAAAAAUUAAUACACAACAAGAAGUGGUGGCGAAUGAAAUAUAAAAAACGAAUCAAUUAAAAUACGAACGAGGACUUUUUCAUACACUUCCUUCGUCAAGACAUGAACAUUUUUGACCUUUCGUCAGCUUUCUCUCGUCCGCGACUCUAUAGAAACAUGCAAAAAACACGUUAACUGAAGAGCGGGGCAAAGUUCAAAAAUAAAUCUGACGUUUUGAAGCUCUGGCGAAUCGGCUGUAAAUUUUAAUUACUUUAACACGCAUUCUCCCAGAAAAUCGAACAAAUGUGAAAAAUUUUGGUAAAAAAAAUUUCAUCUUUGUUCCUGAAAGCUCUCCUUGCUUUCAUAGAUAGUGAACACCUCUUGAAUAUUUAGAACCAGGUUUUAUUAGGCUCCGGCCACUUUCAGGCUUACUGUAGAAAAAACACCGUAAAAACCAAAAAAUAAAUAUUUCUAAAUAAAUAUUCAAGAGGUUGUUAUUUCUAAAUAAAUAUUCAAGAGGUUGUUCACUAUCUAUGAAAGCAAGGAGAGCUUUCAGGAACAAAGAUGAAAUUUUUGUACCAACGGUUAUUCGAAAAUCUCGGAGAACGUGUGUUAAAGACAAGUGCAGGAAACGUUGGUUCAAAACAGAGGUGGCGGAUUGAACAGGCAACCCAUGGCAUGGCUUAGGCAUGUCAUUUAUAGCUGAUUUACGGCUGGCUUGAGCUAUCGAAAAAGGGGUCCUGACCUGAUAAUGCACGAGAUAGUGCCUGGCGCAUGGAUAGCGCAGACAGGCCACGCCUCCUUAUCGUCCCAAGCUAGCCGUGAAGCAGCUAUAAUCACGAGAUAGAAACAAGCUAUAUGCCGUGUUCAAAGUGAUUCCGCGAUUUUCAAAGUAGCCAUCAGAGAAAGAAAAAGAUAAAUAAAUUUUGGCGAGACAUUUUGGCAUUUCGCCGAAAUUUUUUCAAACACGGCAAUAAAUUCACGUGAUCUUUGGCAACUAGGCCAAGAACGUGGCGAUGUUUUGCUUUUUUUCUGAAUUUGAGUUUACACAAAUAACUUAAUUUGCUUUUUGAAAAAAACAUUCCGCGUUAAAAAAACACGCUCUCGCGAAAGUUGAAUCCGGCCAAUCUUCACAAAGUUAAAGGCAUAGGGGCAGUUAAAAACGGUGUUUCAGUUCAAAGCAGUACUUUGUAGAGCUUUUCAUUGCGAAUCGAACGGUAAACUUGGGAAAGUACCGAACUUCCUAGUUUUGAAGAAAAAAUAAUUCAAAAUCGGAGAAAGGAAAGCUUGAGUUCCCGCGAAAAGGGCGCUUUGCAGUAAAGUUGCUCUAUGGACAACAGGCUUCCCCGUUUUUCGGAUUUUCGCUUUUUUUCUCCGUUUCUUUCAAUUUUAAAUUUUUUCUGUUGUCACCAAAGUUCUUUCCGUCACAAAAGCUUUCUAUUCAUGUAUAAUUUGCAAACUUUGAUUGCAAAAAUUCUUUUUCUGGUGAAAAAUGAUGAUUUUACGCAGGUUUCGAUUGGGAUAGCGUUGUUUUGUGUUUUCUUUAUAUCAUUGUGUUUUUUCUGUUUUCUUAAUCGAUUUUUCAGAGACGAAACCCUUAAUUUGGAGCAGAUAGCCGGUUAUUUCUCACAAAAUGCGAGUCUAAUGAGACGUCCGCAACAUCGCGUGCACAGCUACUGUAAUCAGUUGUCUGAGCACCGAUCCAAAGCUUUUUUCAAAAUAAAAGGCGGGAAAGUGAAAUCGCGUUUUUCUUCUAGAGUUGUCACAUCUGUAAUUUUUUUGAGUACACCGUUGGAUUCGCAAAGAAAAACUAUACAAGAUACUGCUUUCACCUGAAACCCCAUUUUUUACUACCCCUAUGCCUUUAAUAACGUCAUAUUAUCUUGCUAAAUGACUGUUAAUUAGGAAGUUAAUAUGACGUCAUGGAGAUCGGAUUCACCUUCUACUCUGCAUAAACUUUACACAAUUUCCUUCAAAAAAUAUUCAUCAAACUCGGUUAAAAACGGCCGACAAAAAAGCCUGUUUUCCGCUCCUUCAAAUGAUGCUGCGCUUCCUAAAUGAUCUUAGCUCCCAAAAUUCUGAAAAUUUUUUGAGUCCCAGAUAUUUGAAAUUUUAAAGAAAUUUUUCGAACGAAUUUCGUGGAUGCUCCACCAUAUCAACCACCGUUUUUCAUGUUCAUAGAACUGUCUUAUGAGCCGCUGAUCUCUCAAGUUUAUAGUAUAAUUCCGAACAGGUUUUAGGCUGACUCUCAAAUGCCGAUCUUUCUUCAAUAUUAUAGAGUAGGUCCUGGAUGAAACUGCUCGAGAAUUAAAGAAUUUCCUAGAAAUUUGGCAGCUAAAAAUCAUUUGGAAAGGCAGAAUAAAGAGCGGAAAAUCAUGGGAGCGCCUUGGGAGGGGCUAAAAUGACUCUGUUUUAAGUUUCUAACCGUUGUGACCUUUGCCAAAAAAAAAGCCUCAGCUUUCACGUAUAAUUUUUCAACGUAAUGUUCGUGGAAAGGACGAAAAAACGCAAAAGUUGACGCAUGGAACAAGAAACCUUUUUUCGACUUUAGAAAGUACGACGCCUUUCGACAUCUCCUCUACCUCGCCAGAUGAUUCUUCAUCGACAAUUUCGUUCGAUAGUACAACAUCCUUCGACGAUUCUUCCUCCUCAUCUACGGAUGAUCCUUCUUCGACCAUAUCAUUUGAUAGUACAACGUCCUUUGACGACUCUUCAUCAACAACGGAUGAUCCUUCUUCCUCGACAAUCUCGAUAAUGAGUUCAACUAUAUAAAUACUGAGUUCUUUUUAACUUUUCAUGAAGGCAAUCUGGAGAUCGCAAUGAUGAGGUUGUAA